AUGAGUGGCGGAAACGGCUACGGCUACGGUUACGGGCAACCCGGUAGUAGCCGGUACGACGCCGGUGACGGGGCCUACAGCAAUGGCAACCUUCGAGUGGACGGCUUCAAUGACCGCGGCGCAGGAAGCCCCGAGGACGAUCGAGGAGGGAAUCGCGAUCGUCGUCCAGGCGGUUACGGAGGCUUCUACCCCGAGCCACCACAGCAAUCAUCCUUCGCCCAACCGGCAUCGUCAUCGUCCCCCGAGCGCCGACAUGAUCGGGCGGACCGAGAACGAUCCGGACCACAGCAGUCCAGCUCACGGUCUCGCACGCGGAAUGGCGACGCAGACAGAAGGUUUCAGGGGGAGAGGGACACUCGGUCGAGAAAUGCGCCGCGGUACGGCGAGGAUAGAAGUCCUGCGAGAUACACUCCUGCGACGAGGCCGGUGCAGGGCACCACCGCCGACAUGAGAUCCGUCGAAGAGAUUCUCCAGGCGAUUCAACGUGAAUGGGAUUUCAUGACCGACUCUGAAUGUAUUCCCGUACACGUCGCACUAAGCCUGAUGGAUACGAGCACCCUCGGCAAGGCGGACCGGGAGCCCGAUUUUCUCAACAUGUACGAGCAGAUCCAGAGAACUCUCAAGGCGAUUGUGAACGAGCAUCACCAGGGCUUCAAUAGCUCGAUCGGAACAUACCACAUGAUUCAAUCGAAUAUUUCCAGCUCCCAGAGCCGGGUGCGGAAUCUGAGACAUUCUCUCGAAGAAGCGAAAUCUGGUCUCUUGUCGACGAAACCUGAGUUGAAAGGGCUGGCGACAUCGUCGCAAAAAUACGAUGACAUUUUGCAACUCUUUGCUCAGAUAGAGGAGAUCCAAUCGCUACCUGAGAAACUCGAGUCUCGUAUUUCGGACAAGAGGUUCAUUGCGGCGGUCGAGGUGUUGCAUGCUGGACUCCGCUUGCUCCGUCGCUCCGAACUAGAGGACAUUGGGGCUCUCGCUGAUGUCCGUGCCUAUUUUAAUAAUCAGGAGACCUCUUUGACAGAUAUCUUGAUUGAAGAGUUGCACGAUCACCUCUACCUCAAGUCCCCAUAUUGUGCAGACCGGUGGAAGCCCCCGGUCAGUGAGGGAGACCUCAACUCCAGUAGCUGGGCUGGGAAUCGCUCAUGGGAACGACCUGUGUACAGCUUUUUGGCCAAAUUUGAUGGAUCCAGCCCAAUGGUGGAAGAUGCGUCAAGAAAUCCAGAAGCAGACACCUUCUCAUAUAUCCAACUUUUGAUCGAGGCCUUGAACAAGAUGGGAAAUCUCGACAUUGCCAUUGAUCGUAUUGCUCAGCGUCUCCCCGUGGAACUCUUUGCGGUGGUGGACAAAACGAAUGCCGAGAUUGACGCCCGCUACCCGGUCCCCAAUCGAACGUUUUCCUCCCAUGACAAUCAACUCAAGUCAAGUCUGCCGACUGAAAACAUUGAGGAACGUGGCUUCGUGUUGACAGAGUUCCUUACUGCACUUUAUGCAAAAUUCGAGUCCAUUGCGGAAGGCCACAGAGUGAUCCAUGACGUGAUUACAGCCAUCAUUACUCGAGAGGGUGCUGUCAAGAGCGAUGCUCUCUGCGGUGGAUUCAAGGAAUUGUGGAAGCUCCUGCAGAGUGAAAUACGUUCACUCCUACACGAUUACUUGGCAACGGACGGUGAAGCAUCUUUCAGAACGAAAGGCGACGAGGCCGUUGCACGACGACACCUGGGAGUCAACAGGGACAAGAAUAGAAAGAUGUUCAAGUUGUCUGACAUUGAGCAAAGUUCGGAGAUGAAAGCAGAGGAAGACGAACUGGAUGAGAUCCUUCAGUCAUCCGUGCCGGGCCUUGUGUCCAAGACCAGACAAAAGGCGUCGGUCAGCGAGGCGUUGCCUUCAAGGCAAGCAAAUUCCGGAACUGGGCAUAAAAUCCUCCUUGAGCCCAGUGUCUUCAAUAUGAGACUGUUGCUACCGCCCUCUUUGUCCUUCAUUCAGCGUCUCAAAGACAUCGUCCCUGUCGAUUCCGACAUCUCCAUGACCACGCUCACGUCAUUCCUGGAUGACUUCAUGGUCAACGUCUUCCUGCCGCAGCUGGAUGAGACAGUUACCGAUCUGUGUACACUCAGCUUCAUCGCCGCCGACGCUUUCACAGAGGAUCCGCAGUGGACGAAGGUCUCACCACGGCCGAUUUUCAAGGGCACGGUGAAGUUCAUGUCUAUCGUGAAAGAAUUCAGCAAAAUGCUCUCCAGCAUUCCUCAUGAUCAGGCAUUUACACAGCUCUUGAUCGACCAAAUAGUGACAUACUACGACAAAUGCUGUGGAUGGUACAAAGCCAUGGUUACGAAAGUUUCUGCCCGUAAUCACGGCGGCGAAGUUCGCCUGAAAGCCGCUGCUUCUUUUGCUGAAACGGGCGAUAUUCAUGAUGUGGUCGACGAGCUUUGGAGAGGACCCGGCGCGAAGAAGCAGACCCUUAUUGAAACUGAAAUCGACCUUCUCCUUAAGCGAACCGACGAGACUCCGUUGGAGCCUUAUGAUAUCAUAUCGGAUCCAAAGUCUGUUGUGUCUUUGUCGCUCCUGUACAACAGCAUGCAAUGGCUCGAGAGUCAUUUAUCGAAGAUUCGGCUGGUCGUCGACUCCUCCCCAGAGCCACAGUCAUCAAUUGUCACUACGACUGAUCGUCCAUCUCGCCGCUGGACUUUGUUUGGGGCGAUGAGGCCGCAGCGUGAUAGCAUCAACGCGCCCGUCUACCUACCUUUGAACCGGGAGACAGCGACUGCGUUCGAUCAUACCCUCAAAUCGCUGCAAGCAUUGGGGUCCACCGCCCUCUUGACUCUCCACAUCGACAUCCGCUGUGGUAUUAUCCACAUGUUGACUAAAUCAAUGUCUGGGCCAAACCCCCCCACAAUACGAAACUCGGAGCCCCUGACUCCAUCGCCCAGCUCAACGGAGAACUGGUGGCACAUCAUCAUGAAUCCACCAACCGCAGCAUCGCCGUCUAUUCUUCAACUCAAUUCUGACCUCAUGAGCUUCAAUACCAACAUCUCGACCUACUUGGGCCCCACCGAGCACUGGUUCAUUGCUUCGGGGCUGGCGAGAUUCAUUGAUCGAGUGUUUGUGACAUGCACGCGCUACGUUGGCGCGAUGAAUGAGAAUGGCGCUCUGCGUUUACAGUUGGAUGUGCUUGUUUUGCAGCAGAAUCUGAAGAACAUUAUCAUUGAUCCCGCCGCCACCAGAACAAAUGAGUCGGCGUCCCAAGAAGUGGUUGCUUUGCCUCGAAGUGCAAAGUUCCUGGAUUGGUUCCUGGAGGGAGCUGAGAAGGCGCUGGAUUACGCAAAAGAUGAGAAGGAGGCGUUCGCAUCGCAGGGUGACAAGGCUCUGGCCGCUGGCAAUGGCGAGCCUUUUACCUAUGACGAGCUCCGAGUUCUCGUGGAUCUUUGCUUUUCGGAAAUCUCGCGUGGACCACGAGGUGCCGAAAGCCGAGAGGACUUUAUGGCAGCCAAGAAAGCUAGUGCUGAUGCCUUGUUACGCCUCAACGAGAUUAUGUGGGAUGCGCGAUAG